AAUCGGUGCGUGGGAUCAUAUGAUCGAGGGGCAACACAAAUUAUACAACGAGCCGCGUACUCAGGCCGAUUCACCCGUUUAAUUCUCGGCCCUAAUUUUCCUAAUUUAUUUUUCUUGGGAAAAACUACCACAUACUCGAUUUAGGUUGCUCUCUAUUAGUCAUGGAUUUGUCAGGGAAACUGAUUAUCAAGGCCCAACUGAACGAUGAUAUUCGACGCAUUCCAAUUCACAACGAUGCCAUUACAUACGACGAGCUGGUUUUGAUGAUGCAGCGAGUCUUCAGGGGCCAACUCGACAACACCGAUGACAUCACCAUCAAAUAUAAAGACGAGGAUGGGGACUUGAUAACCAUCUUCGACAGUUCGGACCUGGCCUUCGCGAUCCAGUACAGCCGCACCCUGAAACUGACCCUUUUGGUGCCUGGCAAGAGCACCGACCUGCCCAGCCAGGGCGGCGCCAAGGUGGAGGGAGUGCGGCGCGAACUGCGGCUGCUCCGCGACCGCAUCAACGUCCUGCUCGACUCGCUUUCCGACCUGAGGGUCAGCGGUGCGUCUCCCAGGGUUGGCGAAACGGCCAAGGGCUCCAGCCAGGAGGAAUCAGUCGAAGAGUCUGCCACCCCCGUCGCUCCCAAGGAGUUUGACCCCUUGCAGGAGCAACAAAACCAGACCCCGGCCGCGCCGGAGGAAGUAAGCGCCCCUGAGAGGCCAGGUCCGCCUGCUGACGCGCCAGCUGCGCCUCCGACCAGCCAAAGUGGCUACCCGACGCCUUCUUAUCCAGCGCCUGAAGCUCCUCCUGCAGCCCAUUACCCGCCGACCCCGCAGCCGGCGCCACCGCAGCAGCAGCAGCCUCCCCACUCGACUGCUCCACAAAUGCCUUCAGGUUAUCCCCAGUACAUGCAGUGGCCGCAGCAGCCGCGUUACCCUACUCCGCCCACCUCGGCGGCUGGACAGCCUCCUCGGUUUGGAGUGCCUCCCGCUCAGGUUUCGCCUGCACCCAUGAACCCACAACCUCAGCCACCGUCAUCGUACCAACCUCAAUCAGGCUAUCCAGGGCAGCAGGGUCCGCAGGCAGGAGCCCCUUACGGCGGCGCUGCCCCUCGUCCUGCGUACAUGGACUAUCCGCAAGGAAUUCCUUCGUCGCCGGGCGCUCCGCCCGCGGGAGGACCUCCCCGAGGCGCGAUGUAUCCGCAUCCGCCCGCAGCCCAGGGUCAAGGCCAGCCGCAGGCGCCAGUCAACCCUUACAGCAAAGCGCCCCAGCCUCAGCAGAACCCGUACGCCCCCCAGCCGCGCUUUUCCUAAACUGCUCUUCCAACUAGCAUUUCUAACUUGUAUUCCAAAGAAGAUAAUUAAAUUGAGUUUGCUUCAGUGCCAGCCUCUUAAUUAUAGGUGCUCUCACUUCUCUUAACCAUGUGCAGCUCUUUCAAAUUGGUUUCUGUACCAAAUAAAAUUCAUUCUCAUUAUAUUA